AUGGCUCUCUUGCCCGUAGUCCUCGGCUUGGCCGUAAUGGCCGUCACCAUCCUUCAGAUGCGCAGCAUCUUGAAGGCCUACCGUUCCCCACUUAGUCACAUUCCGGGCCCGUGGUACGCUCCCCUGACGACCAUGCACCUCCGUUGGGGCUUUAGCACGGGCGAGAUCUGGAAGCUCGUCGAGAGAAGCCACAGGAAGUACGGCUCCAUCGUCCGCCUGGGGCCUCGACAGGUCUGGGUCGCCGACAAGGACGCGCUCAAGGAGAUUCUGGUCAAGGUCGACCUGCCCAAGGUGGCUAUGUAUUCUGAGAUUUCGAGGGACAAGCACAGCCCUGGUCUUUUUGGAGAGAUUCGCCAUGAGCCGCACAAGCGUCUCAAGAGAUUCCUGUCGCCUGCCUUUACCGUGGCAUACAUUGACAACCUCGAAAAGUACUUCCAAAAGACGAUGCGUCAGCUGCUCAACAAGUACGAGAACCAGAUUGCCGCCGAUGCCGACUCGGCCAAGUUCAACGGCAUCGAGGUCGAUUUGAUGGACGACCUCCACAACGUGGCGCUGGACAUCAUGGGAGAAUGUUCUUUCGGCAGGGGUUUCGGUCAGACGAACCCCAAGACCACGGUGGUCGAGGAGGGCGUGGACGAAAAAGUGUGGAAGUCGAUCCCGCGCUCCAUCUUCGACGGGCUCUCGAAGCGCUACCAGAUGGUCUACGUCAAAAAGUUCCUGCGCAUGUUCGGCCUCGACAUCAACUUUGACUGGCCGGCCGAGAUGAUCACGGCCAUCGAUGCCGUGGUGCAGCGCCGGCGCACCAACGCGCUCACGGCCGGCGAAAAGGCCACCGAGGAGGCGUACCGCGACGAGCCCGCCGCCGGCGACAGACGCGGCGACCACCACCAGCCCAGCCGCCGGCGCGACCUGCUGCAGCACCUGAUCGAGGAGGGCAGGAAGCCCGACAGCGGCACGGCCAUGAGCACGCGCGACAUCGUGGACCAGAUGGCCGAGAUCUUGCUGGCCGGCUCCGAAACCACGUCGGGCACCCUCGCCUGCCUGUUCCUGGAGCUGGCGCGCAACCCGGACGUGCGCGCCAAGCUGCUGGCGUCGCUGCCCGCCCGCACCAUCGCCGACGAGGUCGUCGCCAGCAAGGCCAUCCGCAACGACGACGCCCAGUACUGGUACCUCGAGGCCUGCAUCAAGGAGAACUUGCGCCUGCACCCCAUCGCCUCCGAGAUGGGCCGCCGCACCGGCAAGGACUGGGUCACCAUCAUGGGCUACCACUUGCCGCCCCACACCGUCGUCUCGGCCAGCUACAGGGACCUGCACCGCAACGAAAAGUACUGGCCCGAGCCGCUCCGCUUUUGGCCCGAGAGGUGGCUUCCCGAGGGGCAGAGGGACGGUGCCCCGGCUGCAGACAUGAAUGCAUACUACCCAUUCUCAGCCGGCAAACACUCGUGCAUCGGUAUCAAUUUCGCAUGGGCCGAGAUGCGCAUGGUCGCCGCCAACAUAUUCUCGCGAUUCGACAUGGAGGAGGUCCCCGGCCAGGUCAUCGACUUCAGACAAUACAUCACCAUGCAGUUCCACACCGGCAACUGGCGCGUCGUGCUCCGCCCGCGCUCCAAACCUGGAGCCCGCGCCGAUUCCAAGCCUGCUGCCGAGGGCAAGGGCGAAAAGCAGGAGCGUUUGAUCGAAGCUUGA